AGAGACCCGGGUUCAAGUCCCGGCAACGGAAUUUAUAUUUUUCUCUUUCUACUUUUUCGUGAAAAAUGGCGGAUUGGCGGGAACAUAAACCCCUUUAACUACAGGAAAAAUAAGGACCCGGGCUUGAUUAAAGCACCAUAUCAUACACAAAUAUAUUCUUGGAUGAAAUUGACAGUUUUUAUUUUUCUAGGGUUUGCAUAAAGAGAGACUUAUAGUAGAUAUGGAGGGGAAGAGAAGGAAAGAAACAAAGGGCAUUGAAGAGAACACACUGGCCAUUCUUGACACUUCUGGGUUCGGUAGAAAAGAAAUCUCUGUUGCCCAACAUGUUCAGAACCUUAAUGAUGAUCGGCUUGCUUUUCUUGAAGCUGUCAGGACUGCCUCGCUUGUUCCCGAGAAUGGCACUGCUCCGACGAGCAAAAUGUACCAAGCUAUUUUCCAAAUAUUAAGAGAAGAGAGUUCUCUAGAUUCAAUUAUGUCAAGCUAUCAACUUUUGAAAGAGUUAGACACGCGCUUCCCCAGGGUUUAUAUUUCAGAAAAGACAGAAAAUGAAUCAGCAUCUGCUAGUACUUCUCCGUUUGAAAUAGUUGUAGUUGAAGAUGCCUGGUCUCCCUUCAUUUUUGGGGUGGAUUGCCCCUUUACUGAAAAAGAUGCAUCUCGAGAAAAGCCUCCUGGAUCACUUGAUCCAUCUGGUUUUCAUCUUUUAAUAAAAGAUCUCUCUGAAAUGGAUAAUGAAGGAAGUACUGAGGAAUCACAAACAAAGUUAUUGAGGACCAUGUUAACAUUUCAGUAUCUUGUAUAUGUUCUUGAAGGAGACUUUUUACCCCGCAACCGUGCAUAUAAGGAAAAAAUGAACUGGUCCCUUCUAAGGGAGUCCUUCCUCAGCAUGAUUUUGGGAUCAAGAAGGCUCCCCUGUAAAGCAUUGAUAAAAGAUUGCAUCUCUGUGAUGCGCAUGUGCCAUGUUCGUUGUGGAACUGCUGAUGAUUUGUUAUUGUCCGAGAAUUCCUCCAAGGACAAAUUAGAAAGUUGUAGAUCUGCCGCCACCAUUGCUCUUCCUGAAAUAGAAAAAUGCUUGUGCACUGCUAUGCAGAAGCUAUUAUUGAUGAUCAUGGAGCUUGAUACUUUAAAAGAGACAGCAGAUAUGCAAGGCCUUACAACACGAGCAGAUGGUCCCAGAACUCCUGUGCCGGAGAUAAUUUUAGAUGAACUUUCUUAUAAUAGAGAUAUGCUGUCCCCUUUCCUUCAGGCAUUUCAUGAACCUCGAUGGAAGCUGGAAAUAGUUAUGCAGUAUAUUCGAAAGUAUGUUGCCAAGCCUUCUGUGCGUACUCGAAGAUCAAAUGGUUCAGCAAAUGAUGCAACCUUUCCUGAUAUCUUAAAAAGCUUUGGAAAUGGUUCUAGCACGAAGAGUAUUCUAAAAAAGAUUAGUGCUGAAGUAGCACAGUUGCUUUUAGCACAUGCUUUUCAGGCAUACUUGUCACUAUCUUUAAGAGAUCCAAGUGAUGGAUUACAUGAUUUUGAGGAGAAUCUUGGAGACUGUUCUCUUGCGGAAGUCUGCAAGUCUAUGAUCGCUGCUUUUUCCAGUCUGAAAAAGACAAAUGAGCACAUAACGAUUCUUCCUUUUGGAAAGGAAGCAUUAUUUACAGCAGCAACUAUCCUUUCAACACAAUAGAAGCUCCCGAGCAGCUAGUAGUCUUUUUACUUCAGAGACAGGUGAAUGUUGGAUCUUAAGUUAUAAUUUGCUAUCUUUUGUUCUCUUUUGUCGUCAAUGCAGAAAUCCUUGGGGGUUAAGAGUCAUGGGAUUCAGCUGUUUUGGUGUAGUAGACUUUGUUUUAGAGUUUUGCUAUUGUGAGUAUUAGUUUCAGUUGUGCAACUAUGAACAAAGUGUUGGAAAAUUGAGGAAGUUUUAAUUUGCCAAGAACCGUUCCCAUGACUGUUGAGAACUUUUCUUCAGAUAUUCUGUUAUGUAUAAUAUCUCCGCUUUCUGUUUCUUUAUA